AGCCGAAGGCCUCGGGAGCACGCCUCGUCCUGUGCGCGCCCUUUGGUGCUGCCCCGCUCGGCCGGGGGCGGGGAAGAGGAGGAGUGGCGUCCCGCGGGGGCGCGCGUGCGCGUGCCACGGUCUGUUUCCUGUUGUGAGGCGCCCGUCCAGAGCGAGAGGCAGCCUCGGCGUCAAGAGGGUGGAGGAGGUUCUGGGACCGCAAGAGCCGCCCAAGGCACGGAAACCGGGGCGCCAUGGGCUGUCCCCUCGGGGUUCUCUCUGCCUUUGGGCUGCUGCUCGCCGUCGGGUUGAUGCUUUCCUGCGUCCGGGCAGCUCCCACCCUGGCGGAGCAAGGAAGUUGUCAACAAUACACAAACAAAACUUGUGAGGAAUGCCUCAAAAAUGUCACAUGUCUAUGGUGCAGCAGCAGCAAAAGAUGCAUGGACUAUCCUGUUCGAAAUAUCCUCCCUCCCAGUUCUCUUUGUGAAUUGAGUUCUGCACGCUGGGGGGUCUGCUGGGUGAAUUUUGAAGCCCUGAUUAUUACAAUGUCUGUGGUGGGAGGAACAAUCCUUCUGGCUCUCGUUGUUUGCUGCUGUUGCUGCUGCAGGAAGAAAAAGAGCAGAAAGCCUGAUAAGGACGAUGAAAGAGCUGCCAGGGAGAGAGACCAAAGAAGAGUAAGGCAGGAAGAGAGGAGAGCAGAGAUGAAGUCUAGGCAUGAUGAAAUCCGGAAGAAGUAUGGUUUGUUUAAAGAAGAGAAUCCAUAUGCCAAAUUUGAAAACAAUUGAGAUUUCUUCUGCCAUACCUGAACAAAAUCUGGCAAUACUGUUCAUUGAAUGCACAGUGUAGCUGCUAAAAGAUCCUGCAAUAUAGAUGCCUUAAUUGCCAAUGGGAAAGUGGUCUUAAUGCAGGACAAAGCCAAAUGCAAUGAGCUGUUAAUAAACAGUAAGAUAAAUGAACAAGCCAACAAUACCUCUGAACAUCCAGAUGGCCUUUCAGGCUGCUGAAAGAUAUCAAAUUGUUCUCACUUCCUGUUCUGCAGGUGUCUAUUUGUGCUAAUACAAUACUUUGGUAUUACAUGCUAUUUUGUUUCCCAGUCAAGUCUUGAAAAAACUCCUUCAUGAAGCGGGGAUAGACUUUUCUUCUGUCUUUUCCAUGUUCAACAACUUCUAGCUAUUUUAAUAUAAUGGUGGGAGUAAAUAUUCAUGUUUUGUGUUACCUGGAAAUACUAGUUGGGUAGGCUGUAUGAAAGGAAUGCAAGCCUUAAUUCUGCCACUAGCAAAAAGUGCCUGACUUUUUCUAAAAAAACUUUUUAUUGGCAGCACAGAUGUUUUUAUCAUACGUUUGUGAGGGUUUGCACUUUUAUAUAUUGAUACUAUUUUUCUUCUGGGCUAUGAGUGUAGCCUUUCCACUCUUGUGUUGUAAAACACUUGUUAUCACGAAAGUAGCAGCAAUGAGUGUUGGUGUAAGUGCAAUGUGGCCUUUUAUAUUCAUAUUCAUUAGUUGUGUAUAUUAUACUUUUGAAGUCUGUGCUAUAUUUAAAUACUUCUGAAAAGUUGAACUGUUUUAUACAGCUUGUAAUAUGAAGUUGCCAAAUCCGUAUUGUUUCUGAAGCAAUGCAUAAUCUUGGAAAGAAUGUCUCUAGUAACCAAAUAAUCAAAAGCAUGAAAGAUUCUUUUUUGAAGUAAAAAAACAAACAGCAGAGUGAAACCUUGUGGUUUAUUUUUGCUGCCUUGAAUAAGGACUAUUGAUAAUAAUCUUUUGAUUUGAUGCAAUAGCCUGUUUUUCAGGCUGUUCUGCAUUUGAGUCCAACACAUUGGAGUCUGGAAUACUUAUUUGUUUAAAGGAGAGAUCAAACCAUGAUAAAAAAUAAUUGUUUAAUGUCAGCUCUUUAGAAGAGUAGGUGUUGAUAGCUACCAUGACAAAAAAAAAUUGAGAGCGAUAUAGUUGUUUUAAAAGAUACCAAAUUUAUGUUCCAUGGAAGGUUUUCAAUGCUGUGUCUGUCUGAAAAGUAAAUGAAACAAUACCUGGCCAUCUGCACAGAACAUAGUAAAGAAUGUGGCCUGACAUUGAAACCAUUCACUAGUAGAGAGUCUAAAGUUGAUGUUGUCAUUCCCUGUCUUUAACCAAGUGAAGCAUUGUUAAUUAUUAUCCAUUAUAAUCUUAAAUUGUGGUUUGUUUUUGUCAAGGUCACAGAUGAAUGCAGUACUCCUUAAUCUGUUAAAAUAUUUGUUAGCAGGUUUACAUGUGAUGCUGCCAUGCCCACACCCUUAAACAAACAUAUUAGCCACUCUGAAAUAUUGUUAGGUAAUAUUCCAUUAAUAGUCUAUUGUGUAUCGGUUUUGUUAUUGGCAAAAAUACAUGCUGUGAAGACAUUUGCUCAUCUGCUUGACAGCCUUUUAGGUAAUUCUGCAAAGCUUUCCAGAAUUUUUCAGCUUGCCUGAAAAAAUCAAAUCAAACAUUCCAAAAAUAAAGUACAUUGUACUACGAAAGCUUUCACAUAAUUUCUUGCCAUAGGAAUAACUGAAACUGAACUAAAUGUAGUAAAGCCUGUAAAUUAUUUCACUAACAAAAUAAACCAUAUCUUAUACUAUU